GGUUAGCUUGUCGCCGUUAGGAGUGUAGAGGGAGUCCUCUCCACUCUGAGCGUUACUGUGUGUGAGGACAUGAAGAGAGCAUGAGGAGAAACUACAGCUGCUGUGGAUUUACCCUCACUUUGUGAUGGACUAACUCUGUGUGUGAAGGUAAGUUUGAACUGACGGGACUUGAAAUACAGACUUAGAUUAAAAACACACUGAUGUCGGAACACCAUAUUUGGGGUUUGAUGCAAUUUAAAUGGAUGAGAAAUUACGGUAACCUCUUUUGUGUUGUCAUGCACUUUAACAUAUCAGUACCGUUAAAUAUGCGGGAAUAUUUCAUCGCCACAUGUUUGACCUAGUUUAACUUUUGUAAUCCAACACUUGUUGGCAUCGUAGUCUUGAGUCUAGCCUGGUUUGAUCUGGCAUCUGACCGAGUAAUCCCCGCCCCGGACUUCGUUUAAAAAUGUAGAAACCUUGAGUUGUUUAGCUUUAAACAUACCAGAAAGGACAUUUAUCAGUGUUUUUCAUUAUCAGUGGAGUUAUUUAGUACCCGCUAAAUAAUUCGGCUGAAAUCGCAUACACGAAAUAUAGGUCAGUUGCCAAGUAAGGGCCAUUUAAGCGUAGAUUCACCUGCCUUUUGUAUAUAAAUACGCAGCAUGGAGGGCGGGAGCGGUCGUUCUAAUCAAACAUAAAAAGUCAUGAUUUUGCUGUAAUCUAUAUCUUUAUUGUUUAUCAUAUGUGAGCCGAACUCAUAAGAAGCCAUCUUUGAUGUUCUAGCAAUGUUAAAUUUUUUAUAAAUCUGUAUGUUCAAAGGCUAAUAAUCAGGGAUAAAUAAGUUUAUAGAUUUUAUAAAGGGGAAUUCGUUCUUCGUCACAAGAAGGCUGUCAGUCCAUGUUGCCGAGCAACACCUUUUUCAAAAGCUGUGCCAUGAAACCAUGUCAGUGUGCCCCCUCAUAUUUCUGCCUUUGAGCACUAAAUGUUGAUGGUUGAAACUGGUAUUUUAGUUGAAUUUAAAAGCCUGCAUCCUGUUGGCUCCUGUUUCCCUCUCUGAAUAGAAAUUAGCGUAUGAAAUCCCUGUUGGCGCUACAUGUGCAAAUGUGCUGCUCCCCUCCCUGCUGUUUUAUUUCUCAUUCAUCCCUCAGAGGCAGGAUGAUGUGAGGAUGUGUAGUCUGCAGGGAGAGGGGGGAAUAUUCACUUGUUGGGUGUUUGGUCUUUUGUAAAUCAAUGGGGUUCUGGGUGUUAGUGUGCUUUGACUCAUUAUUCAUUAUGCUCUGUUUACUUCCCCACCCCUCCUCUCUCCUGCUUCAACCCCUGUGGAAUAAAAGCAGCCUCCUGGUCAAAAUUUGGUGGCUUCUCUCCCUGAUUUGGAUACCAACAUGGGGAACGGAUUAUCAGACCAGCACUUCCCGUGCCUGCCGUCCUUCCAGGCGCUCCACAUCGUCAUCCUGGGUCUGGAUUGUGCAGGAAAGACCACAGUGCUGUACCGCCUACGCUUCAAUGAGUUUGUGAACACUGUCCCCACUAAAGGGUUCAACACAGAGAAGAUUAAAGUGUCUCUGGGAGGAAGCAGACGGACUGCGUCCUUCCACUUUUGGGAUGUCGGAGGUCAGGAGAAGCUGCGUCCACUGUGGCGCUCUUACACCCGCUGUGCUGAUGGCAUUGUGUUUGUAGUGGACUCUGUGGAUGCUGAGCGGAUUGAGGAGGCCAAAACAGAGCUGCACAAGAUCACAAGGCUCGCAGAGAACCAGGGUGUGCCAGUGCUGGUGGUAGCAAACAAGCAGGACUUGAGAAACUCACUAACACUCGCCGAGAUGGAGAGCAUGCUGGCAUUAGGCGAGCUCAGCACGGCGACUCCCUGGCACCUUCAGCCGGCGUGCGCCAUCAUCGGUGAGGGCCUGCAGGAGGGUUUGGAGAAGCUGCAUGCCAUGAUCAUGAAGAGGAGGAAGAUGUUGAGGCAGCAGAAGAGGAAGAGAUGAUGUGGGAGCUGAAACUCUGAGCUGGAUCUAAAGCUGCAUCGUCACCAGGCCAACCUUUGACCUCAGAUUGGCUGAGUUUGAUCCCUUCAGCAGGCCAGCAGAGGACAGUGGGAUUGAUUUUGCCCUGUGGACUCUGGACAUGAACAGCAACAAGUCAAUCUGAACAGUCAGUGUUUUUCAGCAGCAGGCUGAAGUUUCCUAGAGCUCCACAUGAGCUUGAACUUUUAAGAUGUUUGUAAAAAUCUGUGCUGCUUCACUCUCCAGAAACAAUCAGUCUUUAUAUUUCUACUCUACCAAAGUUUGUACAGACACCGUUUAGAGCAGAAGAAACACUUUCUGUCUGUGCUGCACAUUAAAAACUGGUCCAGAGUUUACAUGCAGAGACUUGACUCAUUCAGGACAGGAAGCAGCGGUAGGACCCUGACGUAAACUGGCGUUAAUCAUAGAUAUAUAAUGAUGGAGGUGGACCUUCCUUCCUGUGGUCAGAUACUGACAGGCAGAGAUAAGCAGAGCACAGUCACACUAAUCUUUCUGAUUUAGCUUCAGGUUCAGCAGUCGGUCCUCUGAGUUAGACAGCAGCUGAAUAAGAAGACGUCUAUCUCAGUAUGUUUACAUAAACUGUUACGAUUUUACCUCCAUUAGGCCGUUUAAUCCGACAGAAUCCGUAUGUCAUCCUCCGCUACAGUAGGAGGCACUAUCCCUGCCUUCAGCUUGUUACACUUGGGCCUUAGGCUGCAGACACAGCGCAGUUUGAUCUCCGUUAGCUCAUAUUCAGUCGGAAGUUAGACUUCCAUUUGGAUGCCAGAAAGUUAAGCAUUAGUUUUUCAAUCAGGUGGUUUUGUUGGAACAUUUUGUUGCCAUCAUAAAUGCAUCAUCGGAUGUUAAAAGAAAUGAUGAAAUAUUUAAGUUAAAAAAUGUCGAUCUGUUCAGGUGUUACUGAGGCCCAUAUUAGUUUGAUAGUAGUCAGACAACAAUUGGUAGUUCUGGCACUGUUGGCAGGUGUUUAGUCUUGCUGGUUUGUGUUUUGAUCUGGUAUCUCUCAUCCUUCUCUUCACAAAUACCCCACAGAUUCUUUAAGGGGUCCAGGCCAGACAAAUCAGGCACAGUAUUAUGGUCAGUGAAUAUUUAUCAGUAGUUUUGGCACUGCAGGCAGGUGCUACAUCUUGCUUGCAGCCUUUGUCUGGUAUUUACUAUUGGGCAGCUGUUAAUUAUCUCACUCAUCACAGAUUCUCUGCAGGGUACAGAUCAGACCAGUAGACUACCUAAUCAAGCACAAUGAUAUGGUUAGCCUAUGUUUAGUAGUUUUGGCAGGUGCUUAGUCCUGCUAGCAUCCCUUAGCUUGUCUGUAUUUUAUGGACGGGUGUUUCUCUGUGAGGUUCAAGUCAGACAAGCCAAUUGGAGAGUUAAGCACAGUCAUAUGGUCAGCUAACAUUUGGUAGCAGUUAUGGCGCUGUGGGCAGGUGUGAAGCCCUGCUGGAAAAGGACAAGACUGAGGAUGCCUGCUAUUUAUGAACUGAACUCUGUCGUUAUUGUACGUUUUUCAGAUGCAGAUGUGAUCACCUUAUCUUCUUAAACAUUCUCCCCCGAUAGAUGACAAUCAUGCAGUUUUUAUUAUGGGAUGAAUUUACAGUUUAAAAUUUCAGUAAUCUCCUCUUGAGGACAUGAGAUUUCCUUAUAAAUGCAUCAAUCACUGAUAAAAUGUUCCGAGGGUGACUAUUGGUCACCCUUUGAAAGUAAAUGAGGUGGGCCGUUAAAUGUGAGAUUUUUACCUGCUGCUUCGAAAAUAUUCCCCGUCCGUCCUCAGAGGCGACCUCACCUGAAUUUGAGGACAUCAAUUGUUCAGCAGAGACAUCUCCUGAAUGCACUUUAAUGAGAAACUGACUGAAGGACGCUGACUGAACUGGAUCUGAAAGAGGAGAAAUAUUGCUUCAAAAGAAGCGUUUAUAAAACAUGUGGAUACUCUUGUCACUCUUCAGCUCUGUUUGCAGGGUGUUCAUAUUUAUGUGUUUGAUCACUCUGUUAAAUAAAGAAGCUUAAGGACAGAAA